AUGCGUGAGGCUCUUGCCGUUGCCUACACUGAUUGUCGUCCACCGGAAGAUUGUACCGUCGUUGUCGAACCCCGGAUCGUCUCCGAACAAGACUUAGUCCACGACGAAACACUUAGUCCCUUCCAAAACAUUGUCGUUGCCCGUACUCUAGCUACAUGGCACGCUUCCGAUGGAUCUGUCGUUGUCCAAAUCGCCAAUCCUUCUGCCGAUGGCGUCCGUCUUUAUGAUGGCCUAUGUCUUGGUCAAUUGUCCACAGUGACUAUCACUGAACCCGACCAACUCCAUGUCAAUUCUGUCGCGAACACACCCGUCACUGACGACGAAAUUCGCCACGCCAAGUCCGAACUCGAAGAGCCUCUGUCCAAGGCCUUCGACAACACAACGCUCACCAACGAGCAACAACAAGCUGUCCUCGACUUGUGCGCAAAAUACCGUCCUGUCUUUUCUCUGUCAAUGUCCGAACUCGGCCGCUGCACCAUUGCAGAAGCCACGUUCCCCGUGCCGCCAGGCACGCGUCCUGUCGAUCGUCCGCCGUACCGUCCGAAUCCCCGCGUAGCCACUGUCUCCGACAAAUGUGUCGCCGAAAUGCUCGAAUGGGGUAUCAUUGAAAAACGGCCCAGCGCAUGGGGAAGCCCAUGCACACUUGUCGCUAAAAAGAACGGCAGUCCCCGUUUCUGCGUCGACUACCGCCACACCCUCAACCGCCACAUCGUCCGUAAAACCUGGCCCAUGCCUAACCUCGAGUCCUGCCUGGAUGCCGUCGGCCAAGCUCUCUACAUCACCGUCGCCGACAUCCUCAGCGCCUUCUGGCAGAUCCCCGUGGCAGAGGAGCACGUCGACCGUACUGCAUUCGUCACCCCUACCGGCAAGUACUGUUUCAAGCGUAUGCCGUUUGGAGUAGCGAACGCACCGUGGCUUUUCCAACAUGUCAUGUCUCUAGCUCUAGGUCAUCUAGGUCCAGACUCUGGUGUUCUUUCGUACAUGGACGAUUUGAUCUGUAUCAAUCACACGUUCGAAGCUCACCUGUCAUCUCUCGAGAAAAUGUUCGCAGCAUUGCAAGCAGCAGGGCUCACGCUCAAACCGUCGAAAAUUCAAUUCGGUCAGAAAGAAGUCGACUAUUUGGGUCAUGUCAUCUCCGCAAAAGGUAUCUCUGUCAGCACCGACCGUAUUGAUGCCAUUCGCAACCUGCCCACUCCCACCUGCAUCAAAGAUCUCCGAUCUGUCCUAGGCAUGGUAAAUUUUGUCCGACGUUUCAUCAAAGAUUACGCCGAUGUCACUGCUCCGCUGGUCGAACUCACUCGAAAAGAUUAUGUCAAACGUGCUAGUUUUAAAAAAGCAUGGGGGUCGGCCCAAGAUGCCGCCUUCGAAAAUGUCAAGAGAGUCCUGUCCUCUACACCUGUCCUCCACUUUCCCGAUUUUCUCGAGAAUUUGUCGUUCACACCGACGCCUCUGAACAAGGCCAAACGUUUUUCUAAGGGCCAACGCCAUUACAGCGCUACCAUGAAAGAAUACAUUGCGGUUGUCUGGGCCCUCACCCACUGGCGCCCGUACCUUUGGGGCCGCCAUUUUACGUGUAGCACUGACCAUCAAGCGCUUACGUAUCUGUACCACAUGCAAGACACGUCCAACAUGUUGACGCGCUGGGCUAUCGCACUCCAGAACUACGAUUCCACACUCUUAGAUGCGAUCAUAAAUGUGUGGUCUGGUCUGGGAUAUAUGGGAAAGUAUCUCCUAUUACUAUGCAUUGCAUACAGGUCCUAGGUAUAUAUCAACUCACGGAUAACAUCGACCGGUAAUCAUGGAUGUGCGGCGUAGACAAACAUAAGCGCUCGAUGUGAACGAGGACUCCAGGGUGAAUAACAACGGUGGGCUAAAAUCGUGAGACAGAAAACUCGAACGAAUACCGAAUGCUGAAGUCAAUCUACAGCACUACCACGGUAUCGUACAUACUGAACUGCCAUCCACGCUGGCUGGAUUUUGCUUGCUGAGCCCUCUUCGCGUUAGAUCGAAGACAGACGCGUGCACCGCAGGAGAACAGGUUGAGUUGGUGUAGCUCACCAUUGAGCAGCGGUAAAGCGCAAUGAGCAGCACCCGACACAGAGGACAACACAACACUUACUACAAAGAUCCUAUCCACUCGGCCUGCUGUUUUCAGAUUACAGCAACAACAGGCGCAGGGCAGAGUGUCGCAACCUGGGUGUUGCUUGCGAUUUCUUCAGUUUGCCAGCUCAUUUUCCACGGUUGCGACUCCCAUAUUUGACCACCACCUGCCCAAAGGUAGACGAGCUCAACAAUCAUAGGGCGGCAGCCGCGCUGACGGCCAGCAUCAUAUAGACGGCCAAUCCGAGAGAAUUAGCGUGUAGGAGGCCCUGCUGCUCUUCUGCUGCGUGAUGCCGUGGAUUGAUGUUGACGUGUCCGACCAAAAACAGAACAUCUCGCCGCAUUUUUUCGAACGGCAUUUUGGUGAGGUGGCACACAUCUCUCACACACCUUAUUGAGCAGCACCCAAGGAUCCAAUACCCACGAAGCAGUACGGCGCCGGGAGAUGGUAUCAUAUAGACAGCCGAACCGAAGAAAUCAGCGCGUUGGAGGUCUUGGUACUGCUGCUGUACCCAUUCUACUAUUUAUUUUCGAGUUUGCUAUGUGUGAUUGAAAAAAAUUCCCCGGCACCAACUGCAG